AUGCUGACGAUGCCAAGCAUGCUGGGUCGUGCGCUUCUCGCGCGGACGGCGCUGCCGAUGGCAGCGUCGGCGCGCACAUUCUCGACAGGGAUGCGUCUGAUGGAAAAGGAGGAGCCGACGUGGACGCCGACGUCGCGCCGUGUCGGUCUGAUCACGCGCAAGAUGGGCAUGACGACCAUGUUCACGCCGGACGGAAAAAAGGUGCCUGCGACCGUCUUGUACGUCGACGGCAACGAGGUGUCGCAGCACGUUGGCCUUGAAAAGACGAGCGAUGAGGAGGCGCCUUACGUCGCGAUGCAGGUCGCCGCGGUCGACGCACGGAAACAAAACGUCAGCGCACCGCUGCGCGGCCACCUCCGCGCGUCGGGCGUCUCGCAGCCGAAGCGCAUCCUGCGCGAGUUCCGCGUGUCGCCGGAUGCCAUCGUCCCGCUGGGCACCAAGCUCUCCGCGGCGCACUUUGUGCCGGGCCAGGACGUCGACGUGCGCGCCAUCACGCGCGGAAAGGGAUUUGCGGGUGUGAUGAAGCGCCACAACUUUGCAGGCGGCAACGCGUCGCACGGUGCGUCGCUCGCACACCGCACCCCGGGCUCGAUCGGUAACAACCAGGACCCGGGCCGCGUGUUCCCGGGCAAGCGCAUGCCGGGCCGCAUGGGCGGCACGGCGCAUCGCACGGUGCAAAACGUGCGUGUGCUGCGUAUCGACCUGAAAAACGAGCUGAUCUUUGUCAAGGGCGCCGUGCCGGGGCCGGAGGGCGGCGUGGUGAUGGUGCAGGAUGCACUCAAAAACCUGGUCAAGAAUGCCUACUAUACCUACCGCAAGGGCAAGACGUCGACCGGCGAGCUGAUCGACCCCAAGAACGGCGUGCAGCAGUACCUCUCGAACGGUCUGCAAGGCCUACCGUUCCCGGCUGGCACCAAGGAGAUGGCCAAGGGCCUCCCGGAAGUGGUCGAAGUUGGGCCGCCUGCGUAG